UUGAGUUUCUGUCUAGUGUAGUGAAGAUCGACUGCGUUUGUUGGUUGAGAACAGGUCAGGUUUUUCCACUUCUCCACUACUGAGAAGAGCUUUGUUGAGAAGUUUUCCAGAAAGGUGUGCAGUGGCAGGUUUCGUGCGAGUAAACCGUGGUGCGACUUUUAAAUCCGCGAGAAGAUGAAUCUGGAAAGUAGAAAAAUCCUGCUAGUGACACUGGGUACGGCUUUGGGGCUGCUAUGCUUGGCGCAAUUUGCAUACUCCUGCAAUGAAAUGGUUUGCGCUAGUAUCGUGUCGAAGUGUAUGCUAACGCAGAGCUGUAGAUGCGAUAUGAAAAAUUGCUCGUGCUGCAAGGAAUGCUCCGAAUGCCUGAGUUAUCUGUAUACCGAGUGUUGUAGCUGCCUGGAGAUGUGCCCGAAACCAAACGAGACGACCAACGAAUUGAGCAAACAGUCCCACGUGGAAGAGCUGGAGGGCUUCCCGAACUUAUUCAAUGUACUUACAUCCGAAGAGGAUCCAGAAGAGCGAUGGAAGAUUUUCACGUUUCCAAUCGAUUUCGAUGCGGCCUUGUACGGACCGACUGCAGAGAGUGGAAUGAAAUAUCUGAUGCACUCUAGCGACAACGAUUUGAAGCCCCGUUUCGAGGAUCCGUCGAAAAUAACCGUUAACUGCACGGUUGCCUACAUGGCUCAGUGCAUGUCCUGGAACAAGUGCAAGGAGAGUUGUGUCACAAUGGGAUCUUCUAGCUAUCGAUGGUUCCAUGAUGGAUGCUGCGAGUGCGUCGGUCAGACAUGCAUCAACUACGGCAUCAACGACUCUCGCUGUCGGGAAUGCCCGGAAAACAAGGAUCUGGAUUUGGACGACAUCCCCAAUGAGGACGAGCUGGACUACGGGGACGGAGUUGGACCGCUGGACAACAAUGGUGGUGGUGUUGAGUCCACCAACAUCUGAAUGAUUUCGGCAUGGUGCAGCUUGCUGACGACGGUUGCCAGUGCGUUGUUGAUUGGUAUAUGAUGAGAGCAGCUGGUUGGGUGACAUAUGUGCCUUCGCCAUCCAAGUAUUAUCUUGCCGGGUUGGUCUUUGAAACGUAUUUGACAGACAGAAGCGUAGUACUUAACGCAACAGUAAAAGUAUACUGGAGGUACUUGAAAAUGAAAUUUGGACAGUAUUUUAGAUGCGACAGGCAAUUAGGUGGUUUUAUGGCGUUUUGUAUUUACAAAUAAAACUUAUUAUUUAUAACUUUAUGUGCAGGGAGAAAUCGGACAAAAAUUGCAUCACAAAACUACUAAUAUUUAAGCAUGUAAUGUACAAUAAAACUUUAGCUAU